AACUUCUAUAUUGAAACAUUGUUCUAUAAUAGAGCUCAGUGAUGUAGAAUAAAUACACGAUCGUGUUAUUUAAUAUUAGUAUUUCUAUUGUUUAAAUCAACAGUUUUACAGAAUAAAGUCAGCAUGCGCUUGAUACACGAGUAAAAUAUCGCAUUAGUUGGUAGAGUUUAGCGUUAGCAGUUUAGAGUGUGGACAAAUCGCAGUGUAUUAUGCUUAUGAUUGUAGCUUUUUACUUACAGAUCUGUCUGUCAUUCUGUUUUCCCAUUUGUCUAUUUGUCUGUCUGUGUCUAACUGUCUCUCUGUUUUGCUGACUAUGUGUGUGUGACUCUCUGUCUGACUGACAAACUGUCUGUCUUUCGGUCUAUCACUGUUUGCCUGACUGAGUGUCUGUCUGUUUUCGUGUAUCCGCCUCUCUGCCAGCCUGCGUGUGUGUUUCUCUCUCUCUCUCUCUCUCUCUCUCUCUCUCUCUCUCUCUCUCUCUCUCUCUCUCUGCUUAACGAAUAUAUAUUUAGAUGGAUAAUGAUGACAAUUAUUAUGGGAUGUCACAGUGGCACAGCAGAUAUCCUCACCUUCUCAUAGCUCCUGCGGCCAGGGUUCAAUCCUGGGCUCAGGUUACUGUCUGUGUGCAGUUUAACAUGCUCACAGCUCAAGUUUACAUGUUCACAGCUUAUUGUUUUUAUCAAAACAAACACACUUCAACACACUCUUCUAAUCGGAGCAGAAUACCAAGUGACCGCUAACCUAAUGAGUGAAAGAUAACCUAGCAAUUGAAAGUGUACCUGGCAAGUGAAAGGUAACAUAAUGAGGGUAAGACAACCUAGUCACUGAGAGGUAACCUAGUGAAUAUAUAACUUAGUGAGCAACAUAUAACUUAGUGAGCAACAGCAAUCCUAGUGAGUGACAGUUAACCUAGCAAUGGAAAACUUACCUAGCGAGUGAAAGGUAAACUACCAAGUGAAAGCUAACCUAGUGAGUGAAAGCUAAGCUACUGAGUCUGUCUGUAUUCUGAUAACCUAGUGAGUGAAAAAUAAUUUAGAGAGUUAAAAAUAACCUGGUGAAUGUCAGAAAACCCAACAAGUGAAAGGUAACAUAGCAAGUGAAAGCUUACCUAGCAAGUAAAUGUAAAAUAGUGAGUGAAAGAUAACCUAAUGAGUGACAGAUAACCUAACAUGUGAAAGAUAAACUAGUAAGUGAAAGAUAGCAUAGAGUGGUGUCUCUGGUGGAGUCACAGAAGGCUGCCAAUCAAAUGUGCUCAUUAGAAUAUUAGGCACCACUGAUUAGGGCAGUCUCAGAUCAGUGAGAUGUUUUAAUCAGCUGCUAUGUUUUAAGUACAUUACCAUAUUAUGCAAACAUUUUUAUUAAUAUUUUACAUCUUGUUCUCAGUAUUUUAAUCAAAUGUUUUGUAUGGGCUGAAAAAAAACUUUAGGAAGUAAAGCUGGAGAGAGUCAUUAACGGUGUGAGAGAGAAGGCCACCAGCCCAUCACUGCACAAAGAACCCUGUGUGUGUGUUUGUGUGUGCAUGCUAUUUGCAUGGAUUUGUUUAUUAGUCUCUUCUGUUGGCUUCUGUUCAUGCAGACCUUUUUUUGAAUUUCCACUGAUUUUGAGCUUGUACAAUGGAAAUUAGCAACUUAAGCAAUUCUACACAUGAAACAGAAUUAGUCACUACCAAAUUUUGAAAGCACUAACUCACCCCAGGCUAAUUCUUUGUUUUGAGUGUGUAUUCUUUGUUUUUUGUAACUAAAUAUGGUCAAGAACUGCCUACUUUCAAUACACUAUAAAUUUUUUAAUAUGUUAAACGUUAUACUCUGCAGUUUUUACUAUCAGAAGAAUUGUUAAUAAUGUUGAGGUUUUAACUCUGCCUCUGUCCUCAUACAGGAGUUAAAGGUGUGAGUGAAACAGGUCACAGGAAUUUCAGAUGUGUUCACUUUCGCUCCAGAGAUCUUCACAGCCCUUUUUUGAGCAACAAUGGAGCCGAGAGCCCAGGACAGCGACAGUGGCCUUCUCUUGCUCCAUCAGAUCCAAACUGUCCACUCUUCCAAUGAGUACAUCGAGAGUCCUUCGACCUGGCCCCACCCACGAAUCUCUGUCUCAACCCCUGAAGAAGGUGCUGGGCUAGGUCCAGAUGAUUACAAUCAGGAUUCUUCACAUUCACCUCAGAGUCCUAGGUGGUCCACUGACACUGGACCAUCCUCAGAGCAAGGGACUGUAGGACACAAAGGUGAAACUGUAGUAAAGGAACAGCUGGAAAAAUUUGACCAGGAAGUGCAGAAGGAACUCUGUGAGAUAUCCACUCAGGAACUACGUUUUCUGGGAAAUUUGGGCAAAAAAAUGACAGCAGUAGAGGAACAACCGAGGAGCUUUGAAACGAAACAGGAAGCGAAGGAGUUGGGUGGAAGUUUUAUCUCAGAGCAGAGGAGUCUGGGAAGUGUAGGCGAACUAGAUGUUGCAAUACAGGAGCAACCCAAAAGCUGCGACUCAAAACAGGAAGAGCUAAAGCUGCUGAGAAGUGCUACCACAGAUCAAAUGCAUUUAAAAUUGGAACCAAAACAGGAAAUGACAAAGCAACACAACAGGAAACACCCAAGCACAUGUGAUCGCUGCAGCCGCUGCAAGUGCAGGGAUUGCACCGUUGCCACGCCCCUUCCGGCCUGCUGGCUGUGUGGGCGUCGCUGCUUGUGCUCAGCCGAGGCACUGGUGGAGUAUACCACGUGUGUGUGCUGCCUCAAAGCGCUGCUCUACCACUGCUCCAGCGAUGACGAGGACUCCAGCGCCGAUGCCCCGUUUUCCUGCCACAAGUCUCGGAGGUGUACUCGAUGGAGUACGGCAGCAGCCAUGGCAUUCGUCCUGCCAUGCCUGUUGUGUUACGGCCCUGCCCAAGGCUGCCUGGCACUCUGCCAACUAUGCCACAACCACACCCACCGGACCGGCUGCAGAUGCAAGAGUCAAAACGUGACUCGCGACUUGUGAUUUGUUUUUAUUUUGUUGUUUAGGCACUGAUGGAGAUGAUGUUUGUUUGUUAUAUGUUUGCUGAUUGUGUGUUCUUUUUUAAUAAUAGGAUGUGGCAAGCCAUGACCCAUAGUUUUUAAUCUGGACUCACUGUUUUUAGUUCUGACUGCAUAUUAUUCUUUAAAAAAACAUUAUUAUUGUUGUUGUUGUUUUUUUGUUUUGGCUUAUUAUUUUCCAGUGUUCACUAAUUAUUUUUACUUAUUUAUUUUUAAUUAUAUAUUUUAUCAUUAUUUUUUUAGUUCUGACUCAUUGCUUUUAGUUUUGACUGAAUUUCCUCAUGUUUGUUUCUUAUUCGUUUUUUAUUUGGGAAAUUGUGAAUGUGGGACAGUACACUGACAGUGCUGUAACAUUCACUUUUCCAGGCUAUUUUUGUAAUUUUAAAUUUUUAUUUUUGAUUUGUGAUUGUUGACGUACAUUCUGCACUGUAGACCAAGAAACAGAGUGACAGAGUGGAAAGUGGUCUGGAUGUAUAUUUUUGUUUGUAUUGUGGUGUGAUUUGGACACACAGAGUCUUAUUUGUUUCUUUGAUGUAUUUUGUUGUUGUCUUGUUAAUUUAUCUUUUGACACAAUGUAGUUUUUACACUGUGGAUCAGUGGUUCUUAACCUUUUUGCGAGUGCAACCCACUUUUAUGAAUUACAUUAUUUUUAAAUGAUUUUCUCUGUUUACAUUUGUUUAAAAUGAAAGUUUUCCUGUGACUCCCCAGGAGUGGGGGGUUGGGGGGGUUACAAAUCGGUAGCAGGGAGGUUGCUGGAAAACACACAGAAAUCAUUUUAAAAAUCCCAGGUUAAGAACUGCUGCUGUAGAGGAAAGAAAGCAAAGUAUGAAUCAUUGAGACUCAUUGCAUCUGAUUUCAUGCAUCUGGUUAAUUUUACCUCAGGAAUUUGAAUAUUUUUGACCCAUGAAAUUGAUUCCAUUUGCCUUAUGAUUGUUUUUGACUAAUGAAUUUGAUUCUUUUUAAAGGUUUGCAUUAUGCAUUUUCACUUUGUUUUUUUCUCUUUUUAAACUAAAGUCAAAACUACCAUGUUUAAUGUGUGUUGAUAUAACCAGCAAUAACACUUUUGACACUUUUUACAAAAUUAAAUCUAUUUGUAAGUUGGUAAUUUGAAGAGUUCCUCAGAGACGGUCUUAUUUUUAUACAUCUGAGCUGUGAAAAAGUGUCAUGUCAUACCUGGACACCUCGACAGAUCUUUAUAUAUAAAACAUUUAUGGUGCAUUUAUUAGUGUUGUACAUACACUUUAAAUAUUUUUGCUUUAUGUGUUAUGAAUUAUUCCUGGAGCAAUACUUGUAAAAUUGUACAGUGAAAGAAAUAUGAUCCAAUUUUUUAUUUGUUUGGUGUAAAGGAUAUUUAUUUUAAGUUUUUAUUGUGCAAAAAAUAUUUAUUUUUACAGAGGCAACAUUGAGAAAUGCUGUAAAUAAUGCAAAGUGUGCCAUGUGUGAAGCUCAUAUUCAUUAUGAAGUAGAAAAUAUAUUUACGUUGUUGAAAAUGAA